AUGUAUAAUAAUGCGCUGAAGGCUCUGAAGAAAGAGCUCAACGAACAGUCCAAAGGAGAACGCCCUAUCAAAGACGGACCCACAAUUUACGCGGCACCGGAGUGCGGAGCAGUGAAAGAAUGGCACGCAUUUGCUACCUGGGUAAUUGUCUGGCCCAUCGACACCCACUGGGAAAAGAAUGCUAUAACAGAAAUAGCCGCUGCCUGCACCAAGCACUUCGAAGAAGGAGGAAAGGUGGUAUCCGCAUGGACACCAGGCUCAUACGAAAACAUCCAUAAAUGGAAGGAUACGUAUCAAAUCUGGAGUUUGUUAGAUGAGAAACUGGCAAAAGAAGCCGGAAAAGAUCAAUUUUUCAAGACAUCUACCACCAAAGCAGCAAAGCUGCCAGCAUUGCACGCGCCGCCGAGGACGUCGGCAUCCCGAAGGGGAGGGAUGUCCGGGUGGGAAGAAACACCCAUGAUCAAGAGAUCACGACGCGCGUGA